AUGCUCGCCAAAUUGAAAUCAAAAUUUAACUUCCUGAAUUCCAAGGACCCAGAAUCUCGAAGCAGGAGUCGAGAGCGCAGCCCUUCUGAAUCUCGAGGCACAUCAAGAAAUGAUAGCCCACGUCGGUCUCGGUCUCUGUCUCGGCCGCGGUCGAGAGACAAAAGUCGACGAUCAAAAUCCGAAGAGGGCGGGAGACAUAGGAGAAGGAAAAGCUCCAACAGAUCGCCCAACCCCGAACGUCAUCGUCAUCAUCGUAGAAGAAGAAACACAGAUGGUUCAACAUCGCGCAGAAGGCAGGAUCGAGGAGAUGACGAUUUGCCACCUUUACCCCAAAUUCCCGACACAUACCGGGAGGUUCAAGUUCGAAAUCAGCAGAUCAAAGAAGAGGCAGCCGAAGCCUGGAGAUUAGAGAAAGAGAAAGAGAGGGAGAGAAGGGCUAAAAAACAAUAUCCCAGACGAGACGAGCAGGCAUCACCGCCUACAAGACAACAGCAAGCCCUUCAACCGGCCAAAAUUCCCGUAGGCCCAGUGCCAAUAAGAAGGAAAGAAGUUCCUCCCCCGGCACAACCACUCCCGCAGUCAACUCAAGGAGGAGCACAAAUAGUGAGAAUACAGAAACAAAUACACUCACCCCAUCAACAAUACCCUGCAAAAUCUCCUCCCCAGCAGCCACCUCGAGCGUCAGCACAGCAGAUAAAGAGGCAAGAACAAGUUCCUUCUCCACCUAGACAACAGUCUCCACAACAGCCAUUCCGAGGAAGGAAUCUUUCCCCAAUGCAGGCGGAGAUCGCCAAAGGUUUUGCAGAAAUCCAGCGACACCAAGCCGAAGUAGAGGCGGAAGAACAACGUCGUGUAGCUGAAAAGGAUAAACAGAGGAAAGCCAGGCUUCAAAAAGAACAAGGUGAAGCUCCAGCAGAAAUAGAGUUGCAACGCAAAUUAGAAGAACAGCAGAUAAUCGCCGAUAAAGAAAGGAGACGACAAGCAGAGCUGAUACGCAAGCUCAAGGAAGAGCAGGAUAUAGCCGACAAGGAGAGGAAAGAACAAGCCGAGCUACAACGCAGAAUCAUCGAUCAGGAAGAAGCCGCAGAAAGAGAGCGACGCCGACAGGCGGAGUUAAAGCGUCAACUAGAAGCUCAACACAAACUGAAAGAGCAGCAAGAAGCUGUAGAAAAGGAGAAGAGGGAUAAGGUCGAAUUAGAACGUAAAGUGCAACAACAACAUGAAAUUGCCGAAAAGGAAAGGCAUAGAAAGGCUGAGCUCAAACGUCAAUUGGAAGAGCGGCAGAAAAUCGCCAAAAAGGAGAGAAUGGCAGAGCAAAAACGUAUGCUCGACGAAGAACAGCGCGCAAUACAGGAACACUUAGCAAUGGUAGAAGCUGAAGACAAACGUAGAAACCGCGAAGAGACCGAGAAAUGGGAGCGUGAAUGGCAAGACCACCAGCGAAAGGCAGAAAAGAGAGCAUCUGACGAACGCCGCGCCGAGCGAGCAAGACAGCAACGUGAAGCUCAAGAAAGGGAAUGGAAAGAACUAAAGGAAGGGGAGGAAAGAAGAAAAGCUGAGGAUAUGAAGCAAAAGGAAGCGCAGAAAGCAAGAGAUUGGGCCGUCCAGAAAUAUCAAGUGCCCCCUGAUCUCACAGCCCAGAACCUUGAAAGCCAUAGAGAUGGUUUUGUUGAUAAUGAUGCCCAGAGCACUUUGGACAGAGGGCUGGGUAUAGCUACCAGGACUAUUCUUGAAGGGUUUGUGACCCCCUCAGAGUUGUACGAAAUGGAAGUUGAGGAUGCGUCAGAUUUGGCUUUAGGAAUAGGAACUAGGACUAUUCUUGAAGGAUAUGCCACGCCCUCGGAGUUUCACAAAAGGGGAGGGUAG